GAUAAGCCCAUAGUCAUCAACACCAUGGAAACGGACCUUGCUACUCUUUUUCGCCGGAACAACCGCUACAGGUCGUAAUUUCUCCACCAUCCUCCGCCGUCUGAUUCACUACACGCUCCAUCACCAUUUCCAUUUAUCAUGGAUAACUUUUCCCUUGCUUCAUCCACCCCACACUAUUGUUCUACAUUUUCCGGCAAACCAUACUCCAUUUCCGCCACCACUCUUCCGUUCUACUCCAUCACCACUUGCUGCCACGACUCCGAGAACCCCAGCACCACCUCUUCCUCCUCCUCCAUCCGCCGUCCCACUAAUAACAAACCCUUCAAACCAAUCGCCAAUUCCCCCAUCAAUCCUCACCCUCCAAAACCAAAAACCCACAUCACAAAUCCCCUUCAAACCCUCCUCAAUCCCACCCCUAAAAGAAACCCAAUUGAUAAUAACUCACAGACCCUAACAGAAAAGCUCUGGUUAACCAGCAAACUUUCUCCCCCACCACCACCACCACCACCACCACCACCGGAUUCUUCCCUAUCCGAAACUGAUUUGAAUGAAUUUGAGAAUAGUAAUUUGGAUAGGUCAGGUGAUUUCGGAUCCAAGCGAAGUGAGUACAGAGAAAAGGGGAAAAUCUUUGUGGGGAAUCUUCCACUGUGGAUAAAGAAGAACGAACUUACUGAAUUCUUUAGGCAAUUUGGACCAAUAAAGAAUGUGAUAUUGAUAAAGGGUUACAAUGAUACAGAAAGAAACAUGGGAUUUGGGUUUGUAAUAUAUGGUGGUUCAACGGCUGAAAAGUCGGCAAUGAAGGCAGUGGAGUUUGAUGGUAUGGAGUUUCAUGGGAGGGUGUUAACUGUGAAGUUUGAUGAUGGGAGGAGAAGGAAGGAGAAGUCUGUGGAGAGGGCUAGGUGGAUUGAAGGGGAUGAGAGUGUAGAUUAUAAGUCGAAAUGGGAAGAAGAGAGGGAGGGUUCACGAAGAGAGCUUAAGAAGGUGCUGGAAACUCAACCAGAGAAUUGGCAGGCAGUUGUGGGAGCUUUUCAAAGGAUCAAGAAGCCUUCCAGGAAAGAGUUUGGACUUAUGGUUAACUAUUAUGCAAGGCGAGGGGACAUGCAUCGUGCACGAGAAACUUUUGAGAGCAUGCGGGCCAGGGGAAUUGAGCCAAGCUCACAUGUAUUUACUAGCCUAAUUCACGCUUAUGCAGUAGGUAGAGAUAUGGAGGAGGCACUUUCUUGUGUAAGGAAAAUGAAAGACGAGGGGAUUGAAAUGAGUUUGGUGACAUACAGUAUUCUUGUGGGAGGAUUUGCUAAAGUUGGUGAUGUAAAUGCUGCAGAUAAGUGGUUCAAGGAGGCCAAAGAGACACAAACAACUCUAAAUGCCAUUAUAUACGGAAACAUAAUUUAUGCUCAUUGCCAAACCUUCAACAUGGAGCGUGCCGAAGCCUUGGUGAGGGAGAUGGAGGAAGAGGGCAUUGAUGCUACGAUGGAUAUUUACCACACGAUGAUGGAUGGUUAUACAAUGAUUAAGAACGAAGAUAAAUGUCUCGUGGUAUUUAAGAGGCUUAAGGAAUGCGGCUUUACACCAUCAGUAAUCACUUAUGGAUGUCUUAUUAAUCUUUACACCAAGAUGGGAAAAGUUUCGAAAGCAUUGGAGGUGAGCGAAACGAUGAAAUCCGAUGGCAUAAAGCAUAACAUGAAGACAUAUUCAAUGUUAAUUAACGGGUUUAUAAAGUUGAAAGAUUGGGCUAAUGCAUUUGCAAUAUUCGAAGAUGUGGUGAAAGAUGGUUUAAAGCCCGAUGUUGUGCUUUAUAAUAACAUUAUUCGGGCAUUUUGUGGGAUGGGAAACAGGGAUCGUGCAAUUCGUAUGGUCGAGGAAAUGCAAAGAGCGAGACAUAAGCCGACUUCACGAACGUUUAUGCCCAUCAUUCAUGGUUAUGCAAGAGCUGGAGAAGCUAGAAGAGCUCUUGAAGUGUUUAAUAUGAUGAGAAUGAGUGGAUGCAUCCCGACUGUCCACACUUUCAACGCUCUAAUUCUUGGUCUAGUCGAGAAACGCCAGAUGGAAAGGGCUGUAAAAAUAUUAGAUGAAAUGUUGCUGGCGGGUGUUAGCCCAAACGAGCACACGUACACCACAAUCAUGCACGGUUAUGCAUCAUUGGGUGAUACCGGAAAAGCAUUCGAGUACUUCUCCAAAGUUAAAAACGAGGGAUUAGAUCUUGACGUGUUCAUAUACGAGGCGCUGCUCAAGGCAUGUUGUAAAGCCGGGAGGAUGCAAAGCGCGUUAGCAGUGACCAAAGAAAUGCAUGCCCGGAAAAUUCCGAGAAAUACGUUUGUUUACAACAUACUUAUAGACGGAUGGGCUCGAAGGGGUGAUGUUUGGGAAGCCGCUGAUCUAAUGCAACAAAUGAAGCAAGAAGGGGUUCAACCCGACAUCCGUACCUACACAUCUUUGGUGAAUGCUUGUUGCAAAGCGGGAGAUAUGCUUCGAGCAGCGAAAACCAUCAAAGAGAUGGAAUCAGCAGGAUUGAAGCCGAAUGUGAAAACAUACACCACGUUAAUUCACGGCUGGGCGCGUGCUUCGCUUCCCGAGAAGGCUUUACGAUGCUUUGAAGAUAUGAAGUCGGCCGGAUUGAAACCGGACCGAGCCGUGUAUCAUUGUCUGAUGACGUCAUUGCUGUCACGAGCUUCGGUUGCCGAAGACUACAUUUACUCGGGUGUUCACCGUAUCUGUGCGGAAAUGGUGGAGUCGGGAUUGACGGUCGAUAUGGGAACUGCGGUUCACUGGGCACGGUGUUUGCGCAAGAUUGAAAGGGGUGGUGGAGAUAUUACGGAAGCGCUUCAGAAAACGUUCCCACCUGAUUGGAAUUCGCAGGACACACUUGACGAGAUUUCGGGAGUCGAGGGGAGCGACGGUGAUGGUGAUUACGAUGAUGGACUGCGUUAUGACGAUGAUUCUGAUGAUGAUUUUGAUGAAGUUUGAUAUUUUAAGGUUGUGGUACUAGAUGUAUAUUUGGUAAAUGUCUUCGGGUAGCGAUGCUGUAUUAACUUGUACGUUAAGCAAUGAAAGUUGUAUUUGUUCUCGUUU